AUGGAGCGAGCCUACUUGUUCCGGGACACCCUCGCUUCAGUCUGGACCCCACCGCCAAAUCGACGCGAGAAUGGCUUCCGGUGUAAGCGAGUCCCGCUCCUCGGCGCGAAAGGUUCCCUCCAACUCAAAUACUACGGACACCCUAUCCCCACGGGAAUAUUUAUGAUUAUUGAGUUGCUGCCGCUGCUUUCAUUUCUGUUGCGUCAUUCCGGGGCGCUACGGUGCUAUUCGUGCUCAUUUUCGUUUAACGAACCGUACGAUACGGAACAUAAGGAUGCUUGGUGUGCGAAUGAGAGUCUGGUAAUCUACGACGCGGACCAAACCUCAAAAAUCUGCGCCAGCUGGGAGCCAUAUUGCGUGACCUCAAUCACCACCGUCCAAGACGCAUUCACCGAAGUGACACGCGGUUGCGGGGAGAAAUGCUCGGAAUAUUGUGAGAGCGAGGGAUUCGGCUUUGACCAGGUUCAAUGUGACGAUUGUUGCGAGGAGGACUUGUGCAACAGCAAUUUUUCGGUUCAGUAUUAUAGGGAUACAUUUUCGCGACAAAAGACAAGCUGGGUAGGUCCGCUACCGGAAGAGCUGAAGUGGAAUAAUGACAGUGGCAUGAGGUUUAUGUUCGGCAGCAAUUCAGCCGUAUGCCUGAAACAAUGGGAAGUCAUAAAGUGGUUGCUGGUGGUUGUGAUGGCUCGC